AUGACCAACGAUUCAACAUUAUCUACCGAGGAAAUAAAUGGUAAUACAAAACGACCACGUCGAAUAAAAAAAAGCAUUGAUUACCCAUUUCACCAUGAACGACAACAAAAAUCAUCAAAAAAGAAAUCUGAAACAAUUAAAAUUCAAGUGAAUGGUGGACGAGAGCCUCCCAACCCAUUUGAGAAUGGCGAGAUCGUAUGGACGAAACUGCAAGGAUAUCCGUGGUGGCCUGCUUUGAUAUUUGGCUGUUUUUCAGAAAAUGGCACCCCCCAUACAAAAUUAGUAGCUGGGAGAUCUCGCGGUUCAAAACGACAAUAUUUUGUAUAUUUUUACGGUCCUUAUUUUGAAUAUAGUUGGGUGUUUACAGCAUCAUUAUUGAAGUAUUCCGGUCUGGAUGAUUUUAUUCGCAAUGCAGAAACAGCCGUUCAACAAGCAACAUCUAGACUAGAACAAGAAAAAUUAGCCAACCGUUAUCAGUUGAAAGUCAGUGUUCAAAAUCGUCCACGAUGGGAUGGAGCAAUCGCCGAUGCUAAUCGUGCACUGAGUUUGCCAAAAGAAAAACGAAUGGAAGAAUUCGCUGAUUUAUUGAAAAAUAUUCUGGCGAAAGCCAAUGUUUCACCUGAUUCUUCAAAUUUUAUUAAAUCUGAACAAACAGAUGACGAUACAACGAAUAAGAAAUCGGCAGCUAUAAAGCAACGAUCCUCAGUUUCUUCACGUACAUCAUCUUUAUCUGCCAAAAAAUCAGCAACGAAAAAACCGAGUCCUAAUAAACAUUCACCAACAUCCGAUAAUGUGGGAAAAGUUAUGGCAAAGAAAAUUUCAAAUGGUCGCUUAUCAGCAGGAGGUGAAUCAAAAAGAAGUAACACAAAUCAUUCAAUGACAUCACCGACUACUACUACCCGGAUUAGCAAACGAAAGUUGAAUGCCAAAAAAGGUGAUGAUCAAUGCAUGGCAACAUCAAAAACAGCCAAAAAAGUGCAGUAUACAAUGCCAAAUGAUAUUGACUUAUCAUCAUCACAACAUGUCUUAACAGAUAAAAUCUCAGAUCUGUCUGAAGUUCGAAUGACUUCAUUACACGCAGGUCUGCCAAUUUUAACAAAAUAUGAAGAGAAGAAGAUAGCAGAUGAUUUGAUCAAUCACUCGGAUGGUGAGUUGUUAACUUUGGAUGAUGCACAAACAUUGGCCUGUGAGCAAGCAGUGGAAAUCAUAAGUGAAAAUUUUGGUUAUCGUAUGCCCUGUGUUCAAGUCGAAUGGUUUUAUGAGUUUUUACUUAAACAUCCACAAAUUUUUUUCAAACAUCAUCAUUGGUUCGAUCAUCUUCAACUUGGAACAAUUCCGACUCAUAGUGAUCCGAUUGAUCUUAAACGAUGGGAGUGUCAGGCAAUAUUACAUGCGCAAAUGUUAAAAGAAAAAGAAACAACAACAUAUGACCAACAGCAACAAAGUCGACGAUCAAAUCGACUCAGAUAA